CAUCCGAAUGAGUUAUCUGAGUGAGUCUGAGGGUGUGUUUUGUGUGUGAGGGAGUCCUUUUUCUUUCUUUCUUUUUUUUUCUUUUCCGUCCAUUUAACAUGUUAAGUCAGAUCAGGAAGUGUGACGGUGUGACAGUAGAGAAGGAAGCGGGCGCACAAUGGCAUUAUGUUUGCUUCUGGGACUGGUAGCAUGAGAGGGCCCCGGAUGAAGACCCCUCUGCUGCUGCUGCUGCUGCUGCUGCUGACCACUCUGACUAGAACAGUGUUAUGCCAAUAUGAAGAUGAUAGUGCAGACCCAGAACUUGAGACAGAGGCGGAGGAAGCAGCUGCCGCAGAGCCAGAAGAAGAAGGUGAUACAGAAAUCUCAGAAACACCCCCAUCUGAAUUUGAUGCCACUUUAGUACUGGACCCCAUCCCCACAGAAGAAGAAACUGAAAUUACCAAUGAAGGAGGUCACGGCUCUGGACUGAGUCAUACUGAGGAUUAUUCAGUGUCAACAGUGGACCCGGAUGUUACGGAAUUGGCCGCCGUACCAGAAGAGGGGGAUGAGGAGUUGAGUUCCAUCAUCAUCCUGAUCCCUGUGGUGCUGGUGGUCAUUAUCAUCUCCAUGAUAGUUUGCGGUUUUUUCAUCAACCGCAAGCUGAACCAAAAAGCAAGGAAUCAAGAGCUGAGAAAAGAGGAUCCAUAUUUGGAUGGGUCCAGUACAGAGAAGGUUCCGAUGCCCAUGUUUGAAGAAGACGUUCCCUCUGUGCUGGAGCUAGAAAUGGAAGAGUUGGACCAAUGGAUGAGAAAGGAUUGUGAACCUGCAGAUGACUCUAAACUUGCAUGAAUAUAUUUGUGGUCGACAAAGGACGCUCUCCAGGCCUGCAAGAACACACAGUCAACAGUCCGUCAAUGCCAACUAUGAUGUUCUGACUUCUUUCUACAAUAAUCCAGAAACAUCUGUGACCACAGGAACUGAUGUGACUGCCGGGGAACAGCAUCAGAACACGUAAAGGACACUAGCGAACAUUAUUUUCAUUUUUAUAGGAAAAUAUUCAGCAAGAACUAUUCAUUCUUAAAACAAUAAUUCACAACGUAUUCUCUCUGAAAGUAUUCAGUGGACGACAAUUUGACCUAAACAUGUUAGAUAGUGGCUCUUUGUUCAGUGCCUUUCAUGUUUUGCUGCAUUGCAUUACAUUACAUUUAUUUCACGGACGCUUUUAUCCAAAGCAAAAAACAAUUCAACCAUGUGGGUAUAACUCCAAAAAGUGCAUUCAGCCAUGUGGGUAUAACUCCAAAAAGUGCAUUCAGCCAUGUGGGUAUAACUCCAAAAAGUGCAGGAAUCAAGCUAUUUCAUUUACUUCCUCAAACAUAACGAUCGAUUUCAAGUCUACAUGAGGUUCAAUAACAUAUAGAGAAUUAUUUUUUUGUAUUUCAUGGGCCAAGGCGUAGUCUGAACAAAAGAGUUUUCAGUCUGCGAUGUUAGAUGUGUAGAUGCUUUGCGUGUUUUUAUUGUAUGGUUGAACUUUUGAGAAGUCAUCGGUUAUAAGCCACGGAAAUGAACAGCACUUUCUGCCAAAAUCAAUCACACGUGUCAAAAAUAAUUACAUUACACUUUUAAAAAAACCCUGUACUUCCUUUUUUCAGAUUCAUACUGUUAAAAGUUUUAAAAAGACCACUGUUUGUGGUCAUUUUAAAGCGCAUUAGGCCGACACUCCUCUCUCAUUCCUCACAGAUUUGAUUGCUCAUAGUUCCUGCUGAUGGCUUCUCUUCAGCUCAAAGCCUCUUUGUUGUAUUACACUGUGUGACUCCCUCCAGCAGCAGGUCCUAAUGGGGAAAUAUCCUGUUGAAGAUUGCAGGCAUGCAUGACAGAGAGGGCCACUCCUUUUCAUGCCUGUGCAGAGCUGCUGAGGACUUAUGGAGAAAGUGUUUUUAAUGAAAUCUCUUAAGCAGUUGCACUCAUUUCUGAGUCUUUUGAUAAAUUAUUACCCGUUGCUGAAGCAGCUUUCAAAAAGCUGCUACUGAUAAGAUUUUCUUCUCACCAUACAGUAGAUAAUAACUCUCUGAAUAAAUACUUUAAGUUUCUACAGAUGCUGUUUUGUUUCCGGUUUGGGCUUAAAAGUGUUGAAUCUAUGCAGUCAUGACACACGAGAGAGACACUUUCUACACGUGGCAGUCAGUAUUUUGCAUUAUCUUGCACUAUAAAUAUGAGAAUACAGUAUUGUUUUGGAACCAGGUAAUCUUUUUGUAAAUAUUUCAUACGAGGCUGUGUCUUGUUGUUUUGCUGAUGAAGCUUUGAACAGAAUUUCAUUGAAUAAAAUUUCUUGAUAAAAAAUCAUGA